UUCACGUGACGCGCGUACUACUAGAUCCGAUAUUGCAGGUCUCCGAGUCUAUGAUGUCUACAGUCAGUUACGAGUUGAUUCCCGAUGACGGUUCCGACGAGGCACAGGAAGUGACUCUCGUUGCUGUAGAGAGCAGGAACGAAGAUGAGCGACUCCCACCAUCGUACGACGAGGAAAGAGUAAUGUUGGACGAUAUGCGUGAUCAGUACAAGGAUGAAGAACUCGUGGUUAUGAAAUAUGAUGGAGCCAAGGGCACAUUUCUUGAAUUUUUCAUCACUUUGUGGGUGAUGUUUCUGCUGUCGCUUCCUGGUUAUGUGCUGGUGCUUCUGCAUGCUUCGACUGCAGCUGCUCGAGGUGGUGCUCUCUGUGGACUGGGAGGCUCCAUCAUUGUCUAUACUUAUUUAGCUGUUUCAGAAGGGAUGCUUGAGGCAACCUGGCUUGCCCUUUGGCUUCAUGUAUUAGGAGUUCUUUUCAUGAUUCAAGGUUUCCUCAUCUAUCAUCGGGCCAAGCAGCAUGCAUCUGCUGGAAAGAGAUCACCACUGGCAACCGAAGUUUCUGAUGACUAGAGCUACUCAUUCAUUCACCUAUCAAAUUACGUGAUUAAUUGGUCGGCUUUGACAUCGCUAGUUCAGUCAAGACUAAUUCAUAAUUGUGAUUCAUAUACAAACUCUUGAUGAAGAAUAUUGGGUGUAGUCAGCUAUGUUAGAAGGUGAAGUUGUCUCUAUAUUUGUUGGCUUCUCUGUUUGUUUCUCUUUUUGAACUGGUUUCAUUUAGUUACAACUUGUUUGUAGCCUUACAUGAACUCUACUGUCUUCCAUUACACACAAUUGACUAGUUACUCUCAAGUCGA